UUGAGAUCAAUUAUAUAUGUGUGAAUUUACAAAUUUCAACAUUAGUUCAUACUCCGCCACGCAACGCAACGUACGUCGAGCUUGAUAUUCUGGUUUCAUUACAAAGCGACAUUUUUAGCGCCCUUAAAUACAUAUCAAGAGAAUGAGUACAAAACUUUUAGAAGAUGCAAAAGGUACAGGAAAGAAUAAAGAGGGUUCUGUACCAAAGAGACACUCUGCUGAUGCCCAUCCACAAGGUGUUAGAGGGGAAGCCUCCAGUGAUCCUCAGUUUGUCCAUAAACUUGAUCCAAAGAAUGACAUUUGUUGUGAAUGCAAUCAUGUAUUACAAGAUAGUAUACAGACAGCGUGUGGGCACAGGGUGUGCGAGAGACAUAUUAAUGAAAGGCUAGAGAGAGGAGAAAUAUAUACUUGUCCAGGGGGAGAUCAAGAAUGUGUUGAAGUUAAUAAAGAAAACAGACACUUAUUGGCCUUCCCAGAUUAUUUUGCAAGAAAACAUAUCUCAACUUUACUUGUGUACUGCCCCAAUAAGGAACAUGGCUGCCCAGAACAAAUACCUUGGAAAUCUUUACAAGAACAUAUGGCAAAAUGUGAUUAUAUCAAGAUUGAAUGCAAAAAUGAAGGAUGUAGUGAGCUUAUUCUUGCUAAGAAUAUGGAGGAACAUAUGAAAAAUCAGUGUAUCUUUAGAAUUGAUAGCUGUCCGAAAUGCAAAAUGCCAACCCCACAUGCACUUAUUAAUGAUCAUUUAUUAAAUCAUUGUGAUGAAGAAUUAAUAAAAUGCCCAUAUAAAUGUGGAUUGGAGUUUAAAAGAAGGGAAAAGGAAGCCCAUGAGAAAACUUGUACAUCUAAACCUAAAGCCUGUGAAUUAAGUUCAUUGGGGUGUGAUUUUAAGGGCUCACAAGAGGACGUUGAAAAACAUGAAUCCCUGGAUAACAUUGAACACCUUGGUUUAUUCGCUAUUAAAUUAGAAAAUCAGUCACUUGAAUCGAAGACGUUAGAAAGACGACUUGAACAAAUGCAAAAUGAAAAGCAAAUAUAUGAGAAGGAAAUGAAGGACCUCGCUGACCAUAUGGGGAAAUUAGUAAAACAAUAUAGUGCUAUGAAUUCUAAAGUUCAAAACAUUUCGUUAGCAAUGGCAAGUCAUGCUGAGAAGGUAAUAUCAUUAGAAGAUAAAUAUACAUCAUUUAAAACUG